AUGGCUGAUCCUACCGAUGACAACGACAUAGAGGACUGGCUACCGGUGCUUUCUUUUGAUGGCUUUUUAGGUGAAGAAGACGGUGAGGUGGCGUCAAAGCCAUCCGUGGCUUCCCGGCGCCGGCAGAAGCGGGAGGAGCGUGCCCAUGUUCGUCUGGCGCAUGACAAGGCUCGCACUCGGGAGUUGCGAGCCGUCCACCAGGUGCUGCAGGCCCUGCAAGAAGCUUUACCGAACUUGUGGUCCAGGUGCUCCAGUGCGGACUCAGGUGCCCGGCAAGAGAAGAAAGUUAAGCAUCCCACAGAGGAAGAAGUAGAGGAGGCUCUCACUGCUGCAGCUGCAGCACUGCAGGUUGAAUGCCCUUAUCGGAGACUGCCGCAGAUCUUUGCUCCCCAAGAAGGUCUGGAGAUACUCUCAAGUAUGAUUGACCGACCACCGAAAUAUCAAGAGAAGUACUUGGCACAAGAAUGGUCAAUUCUGGCCAAAGUCUGGGCAUUGGCACCCAAUCUUGGACCCCGGUCUGGUGGCUUGGCGGUGGUGGACAUCGGCGCAGGAAAUGGAAGCCUUGCAUUGCUGGCAGGCUUGCUGCUGGGUGGUCAUGCAGUGCUCAUUGAUCACACGCUGCCUCCAGAACCCAUGCGCGUUGAAGCGCGGCUUCCUGAGCAAUAUCGGGAUCGGAUUUUGCGCGUGACGGGCGACGUGGGUGAUUUGGAUGCAAGCAGGGAAAUCGAGCCCAUUUUGGAAAAGCACGGCAUUCGGCAAGUUGUGGUCAUUGCAAAGCACCUUUGUGGAACUGGUACCGAUUUAGCUCUGAAAUUGCUUCGUCGCUGGUGUAGCAAUGGCACUAGAGUAGAAGUACUGGGAGCCGUUAUUGCCACUUGCUGCAUGCACAAGAUAAAUACAUCGGAAGAGAAAGAGGUAUUUGCAGACAUACAUUCAAGUGAUUCCUAUUUGAGAAAGCUGACGGGCGACAAGGAUGGAUUGCUGUCCUUGCUGAGCGUUUGCACUCGUUGUGUUGCCUGGCGCACCACCGCUGGUGCGGAAGCAAGCCGCAUUACGGAAAAGCAGAUUCGGGUGGCGGAAAUGUUCGAAGACCUUCUGCAACAACCACGUUUGAAGAUCCUACAACAUCUCUUUCCCUCCGCUACUGAAGUGGCCUUUGUACCCUUCAAGCAAUCUCCACAAAAUCGCUGUUUGCUCGCAGGCAGCGAACUUGGAGUGAGAAGAGCCUUGGCCACUGGUGAUGCCGGCGCGGGCGCGGCCGGCGAGGUCCUUGCGGCCUUGGCGUCGGCCAGGGAUUCGCUGCUGGCGGUGAAUGGAACAGCCUUGGAUCUGAGACCUCAUGGGAUGGUUUCAACAAGGUUCGACUAUGAUGGGACUUGA